GGAAAGUGGGUGGGCGCGUGGCGUUUCGGAGUUCGGACGGUGGUAUCAAUAUUAGCGCUGCUGAGGGGCAGAUUUGCUGCUCGGGAACAUGUCAUACAUUCCGGGACUGAGCCAUCCCCAAGCCAAGGCGAAGUCCAAGGCGUCCAGGGCAGACGGUCGGCAAUGUCAGGUGAUCGAGGGCGACCAGAGCCGCUGCGUGGUCAGCUUCACACUGCGCGGCGCCACACAGCGGGCCGUGCUGCCGCUGGACCGGCUCUACUCGGAGGAGGGGCCGUGCGCGCACCUGCGGCCGCCCGUCUGUGGUGAGAAGCUUUUCUGUGAUAUGACGCCGGUGGAUAACAAGACUGUAAACGCACAAUGGCUGGUGGCCUUCGCCUGGAGGGGAAAACUCGAGUCGGCGCCCAGGUCGGGCCCGCUGUCGGCGGUCACCGGGAUGGUGGCCGAGGUCGGCACAGACUCGGGCGUGCUGCUGUUCGUCACGCCGGCCGGCUGUCGCGAGCGGUGCGCGCUGGGCCGGGCGGCCGUGCAGCCAGACGGCGCGCCACUGCCGGCCGCCGAGCCCAUCUCCAACCACCUGGACGUGGGCGACACAGUGGUGUUUGACUGCCGACCCACCACAACCGCUGCCAACUGCCACUGGCUGGCCGAUAAGGUGUGGUUCCCUGCCGCCUCGGAGGACUCCUACUAUGAGGACGAGGACUGUGAACUGCCGGGCGGCGAGCGCGGCGAGUUUAUCUUACGCACUACGCUCAAGGCGAUUGUCGGUCGCGUCGACUUGGUGGUCAAUUACAAGGCGGUGCUGACUUUCGACUACCACGGCCAGCGGGAGCGCGCCCUCCUGCUCACCGGCAAAUACACAUUCCCCGAGAAGGCGACGGCAGCCGAGCGGCGCGACCUGACCAAGGUGCUGAGCCGCGGCGACCAGGUUCGCUUCACGUGCCACGAGUACGACAAGCCGAACGGCACGGACCGCUGCGGCUGGUGGGUGAUGGAGGCCGUCCGGCUGGAGACGACGCAGCAGGUCGGCAGGGAGGCCGGCUACUCGCAGAGCGGACACCUCUACGAGAAGAUCGGCACCGUGAAGGACGUACUGGCCGCAGAGGGCCUGCUGCACUUUGUGCUGGCCGGCCGCCGCGAGGUGGCCUGGUUCUCGGACGAGGAGGUGUUCAUUAACGGCCGUCCGUGCGCUGGGCGGCUCUCGGACACACUGGAAUCCGGUCAGCGGGUGCACUUUAACGCGGUGCCCGGCUCGGCGCCGCGCGGGGCCGACUGGCGCUGCACGUGCGUCUGGCGCGGCGAAAUGCCCACCGUUGAGGCCAGCCAAAAGCGCACGGAGGCCUCCGUCGUUAAGAAACAGAAGAAAUCCAAGUCGGCCAGGUCGCGUAUCGAUGACCUGGACGACUUUGAGCUGCCGGCGGCGCCGCCCAGUGCCGGCGGGGACGGCUGGGCGGUACCGAUGGCUACGGCGACCGUACCACCGCUCAUGGCCAGGCCCCACCUGGGCGGCGGCGACCGCGGCCCUCGCGCCGACAAACAGACGCCCAGACUGCGCGCCUCCAUGGUGGCCGAGCUGGACGCGUUUGAUACGGGUAUGGACGGCGGCGCGGGCGGCGGCAGUGACGCCGGCGCCGGGGCGGACUGGAUGGCGGCCGUGGACGGUAACGCCGAGUGGGACGAGGAGGUGGAACCGGACGACGACGGUGACGAUCUGCUGGGCCGGGCGGCGCCGGCCGGGUCGGCCAGCUCCGGUCCGUCUCGGCCGCUCAGCGAAGCCUCGCCGGAGCAGCCCGGGCCCGUGUCGAGCCCGAGCGGGGCGGCGCGCCCGAGCGCGGCUGACCCGGCCCGGCCGCCGCUGCUGCCGGACCCGGAGCCGCGGCGGUCGCCGCUGCUCCCCACGCCCGACCCGCUGGCCUCGUGGUCCCCUGCUGGCCUCCCGCACGGCACCCCCGCGUCAGCGGCGCGCGCGCAGGGACGCUCGCCGCCGGGCCUGUCUGCUCCGCGGCCGGCCAACCCGCCCGGUCUGUCUCCAGCGGCGCUGGCCGCCGCGGCCUCGGCCAACUACAGCCGGCAGCAGGCGGCGGCCUCGUCCUCGCUGCUGGGCACCCCGCCGGUGCCGCACAGGGACGGCCUGCUGCCGGCGCCGCCGCUGCCCCCCGCCUUCUACGGGUACCCGGCCGCGCAGCAGGCCUACUGGCCGCCCGGCCUGGCGCUGGGCCACCCGCACCUGGCGCACCAGCCGUUGGCGCCUCAGCAGCUGCUGUUCGGCGGCCGGCUGCCGCCCCCGGCCAUGGCGCCGCUCUCGGUCGACCAGGAGAGCCUGGAGCGGAUGGUGCGCGGUGGUCCGCUGCCGACCUCCGCCGUGCCGCCGGCGCCCAGCGCGCAGCAGAAGCGCUCGGUGCCGGACGCCGACUGGGAGGCGGCCGCCGCCGCCUUCAAAGUGGACCCGGCGCCGGCGCCGCCACCGCCGCCGCCGGCCCCGGCGCAGCAGCCAGAGAGCUCGCCGACGCUGGAGAGUCUGGAGCUGCGGCACGGCGCUGCGGGCGGGCUCCCGGGCCAGGCGCCGGGACUGGACUCUGUGUCGGACCGGCUGGCGGCCGUCCAGCUCGGGGACGACGUGCAGCGCUCGGAGAGCGGCACGGAGGGCAGCCUGGACGACGAGCUGGACCGGCUGGAGACGGGGCCGGCCGACGGCGGCGACCGGUCACCGCCGCCGCCCGUCGAACCAGUGUCAGGGAAGGGCCAGAUCCUGGCGUUCGUGGACGAGUCGCAGGGCCUGGCCGAGUGGGACCACGACGGCACCAUCGAGCAGGUGAUGUUCGACCGCGCCGUCUGCUACUGGCUCGGCGCGCGCAUGGACACGCUCGACCUCACCGACUGCUACACGCCCGGAGCGGACGUGUCGUUCGAGUGUAUACCGGCCGGCCCGGGCGAGCCAUAUCAGUGGGUGGCCACGCACUUCGAGCAGAUCGAAGACUAGUCGGUCCGCCAGCGGUGCGACAAAAAGACGCAAUUGAGAGCGGGAAAGUGGCUGUGAAUGGUGGCCAUCGUGUGUGCAUUCCGUGUUCGGGCCGAGGCGCCCUGUGAGACGAGCUAUUCCAGCAUGGCAGGUCCAGUCCAGGACGACCAUGACCAAUAUAUGCAGUGAUCACCAGUU